CUGGUGAAUAAUCGACGUGCGUCGUCAGUUUUCCGAAUAACCGUGUCGCUUGCUGCACAAUGGCUUUCCUCUUCCAAGCCCUGAUUUUCGAGAAUUCGCCAUUAUGGGAAUCAAGAGAUAAACGAAUAGAUGGCUGGCCGCUUAUGAGCUCCCCUCUUCCAACAAUCGUAAUAUGUUUAACUUACGUCUACUUCGUCAAAAUAUGGGGCCCCAAGUUCAUGAAUCAUCGACCGGCUUACAACCUUCGAGAAGUUUUAGCGGUGUACAACGCAAUUCAGAUUGUUUGCAACGGCUGGCUAUUCUACGAAUUAGGCCGUUACGGCUGGCUCAGCGGGAAUUACAGCUUCACUUGUCAGCCAGUUGAUUACUCGAAUAACGAAGCAGCCCUACGGAUCCUCAGAGCCAGCUAUUGGUUUUUCAUGUCAAAGUUCCUUGAUUUAUUUGAUACGCUGUUCUUUGUGCUUCGCAAGAAAAAUAAUCAAAUCACGAUGCUUCACGUCAUCCAUCAUGGACUACUUCCCAUGACCAUAUGGCCGGGAGUUCGUUUCACGGCCGGUGGACACGCCUGUUUUUUCGCCUUCCUCAAUACGUUGGUGCACGUUGUGAUGUACUUCUACUAUUUUUUGGCGGCAAUGGGACCAAGCGUUCGCAAAUACCUCGGCUGGAAAAAGCAUCUGACAUGCUUCCAAAUAAUGCAGUUCAUUGUUGGAUCGGUCCAUUGUUUCCAGCUGAUAUUCAUCGACUGUGAUUUCCCCAUCGUUUUCUGCUGGUGGAUCGGAUGUCACGAAAUCCUCUUUUUUUUCCUUUUCAUCAAUUUCUACAGACAAACUUAUUUACCACAGCAAGCAACGAAGUCAUCAUCCCAAUCCAAAAAGAAAAACGUGAGGCUAAAAAUUUGCUGAAUGAUUCAGUGCG